UUUUUAGAUGAAGCCACCGAUGGUACUGUUAAUUGCCUUAAUUCGUCUAGGAAUGUUUUUUCAUAUUUGAUCUUUGAAACAGAAUCAUCAUCAAUAUUUUUAUGAUCUAUUUGUAAAAGAAUAGAAUUCGAAAUUGGACAGCUUGUACACCUUGAAUCAUUUGGAUUAUAUGAUGCGAUGAGUUCAAUUGAGAUAAUGGAUCCAAAAAUGGAUAGUGGGAUGAUAUUGGACAGUGAUUUAAAUAAACCACCAUUUAAUUUACGUGCCCGUUUAAAGCCUAAGGAAGUUCUUGGAAUUAUAGAUCAUUUGUUCAAUUGCGAAAUGACAUGGCAUUCUGGACAUUCCCUAUCUCAAACGCUUUUUACCUGCAUGUAUUUUCAUCAUGUCUCGGAACUUAAUCCAGAAUUAUUUAUUAAUAGCCCAAAUGAUGAUUCUACCGAUUCCGAUUCGCCUAUUGAAUUUGUGAUUUUAGUUUUGAAAUCGUAUGUUCUUGGCACUAUAAAAUGUUGUCAUUUAGUAUGGGAUGAGAUGACAAAAGGAAAUGUAUAUGAAGAAGAAGAUUUUUCUACAAAUAAAUAUGGUAUCUCGAUGUAUGAGAAUUUUCCAGACUCGCAAUGUAUAAAAUUAAUAGAGGAUGCUGAGGCUUGGAUGGAACAACAUGGUUGUAAGUGGAUUCGCCAGAAAGGGCAGCACGACUGUGAGAAUGUUAUCCGAGCAAUUCUUUCGCGUCUUCAUUUACGAAAAUCCUUUCUUUUAGUUCUUUUGCAUAUGUCGCAGUCACACUGUCAGCAAUAUUUACAAGCGCAACGGCAUCUUAAUACGUCAAUGCAGUUGUUAAAUGGAAUUAAAGAAGGAGCAAGCAUUAACUGCUUGAACUUAGGAGUUGACGUUUCAGGAGCUUUUGAUCCACUUAUUAAUAGGAAACUUGUAUCUCAAACUCCACCAAGACCAAUUCGACUAUUAACAAUGCAAGAGUCUAUUAAUGAAAUGAUGAAUAUGCUUAAAAGUAUCAAUGCUACAUGCGAAAUUAUUAAUUACAAAUCGGCAACUAGUUUAAUGAAUUUUUUAGUUUAUCAUGCUAGUCAGCAACCACCACCUUGUGCGUUUUCAAGGUCAAUAUUACAAUCAACUAUAUGCACUGAGAAUCGUAUUCUUGGUAAAAUGUCGAUGUUUCAAUUGAUAAAAGAUUCUGUUACAGAAUUGACGAAUCCGCCAUAUGUAUACUUUGCACCUAAAAUAGACAUAAAUGCAUCAUCAAAAGAUGAUCGUAUUGAUGAAAAUAGGUCCGAAAUAUCAAAAUUGGUUCAUAAUUUUGUUGAUAGCACAGUUAAGCCGUUGACAGACCUUUAUCGGAUUUUGUGUCAUAACCGCUCAAGACAACGCCGAAAUAUGUGUAAAGUUUUGACAGAUUGGGAUUUGUUACAAGAAGAAGCAGAACAUAUUGACACAAAACUGCAGUCUUUAACCAACGAGGAGCCUAUUAUAACAGAAGAAGGACCUUCAUAUUCCUUUCAUUUGUCUUCUUGGGUAUAUCAUCGAAAAUUAGUAUUACUAGAAGACAUAUUAUUUCUCGGAUUUGAACUGGAUUUGUAUGGAACUCAUGAAUAUGUGAUGAUUUAUUGGUAUAUCGAUUAUUUAUUAGGUGUCCAUUAUCAGCACUUAGAAAGAACUCACAUGCAUGUUACUGAAAAUAAAAAAUCAAAGAGCCAACAAGAAAAUCUUCGAUCAGCGCCGCCUCCAACGUCCACAGUAUCACUAUUAACUAGUCAACGAAUGAUGAUAAUAGCAAAACAAGAUAUAUGUCGGGGAAUCCACAGAACCGUAUCGGCACUUCGGAAAACUGGACACGCAAUAUUUUCAUGUCUCGAGUUUGAUGACGAAAGCACUAGGUUUUGGCAUAGAUUUAGAAUGUAUAGGACAUUAGGAAGUCCAACAAUACUGUCUUAUAAGGAUUUCAAAGAUAUGACUCAAUUUGAUAACAUUACGGCAAUGGAUCUUUUCAACGUGUCUUUGCAAAAUUUUCAGGCAGCUAGAUCUUCAAUAGAGAGAUUGUUAGCAAUGAAACCUCCAGAACUAAGGACGGAUCUUUGUCAUGCUGAUUUCACAAAGGAAUUACAAGCUAUGCUGCGCGUAUGUAUUGCAAAUAUAGUGAGUCUGCAUAAAAUUAUUGAAGAAUGUAAACCUAAGCUUGAGCCAAAUACCAUUCAAGAAAAUGAAAUUGUUACAACUAGCCAUAAACAACAAAAACAGAAACAACGACAGAAAAAUAAGAAAUCAUUAACCUCCCCCUCUGUUCCACCAUCAUCAUCAUCA